AUGUCUACUUCAAAAGAUCGAUUGGAGGAACUAUUACUCAAAGCUGAAAACUAUGCAAGAAUUAUCUUCUAGAAAUAAAGCAAGCCUGCUGGGAAAUAAAAGUAAUAAGGGAAAGAUGAAGGAAAAUCAUCAAAAAGAAAAUCGAAGUAAAAAAUAAGCAAGGAGAUCGAUGAUCAAAAUGAGGAGUUAGAGGCAGGUAAUUCUAUAAAGCUACUGGAGCAACCCUCUAUGCUUAAAAAUGGCAAGCUAUAGCCUCAUCAAUUAGACUCUCUUAACUGGAUGAUUACUCUCUAUGAUUUGGGGUUGAAUGGUAUCCUUGCUGAUGACAUGGGUCUUGGAAAGACAAUUUAAGCAAUCACAAUGCUAGUCUAUCUGUACCAGUAUAAGAAAAUAAAGGGACCUCAUCUUAUUAUCACUCCUAAGUCUACUAUUAGCAAUUGGAUGAAGGAAUUUAAUCAUUGGGCUCCCUUUAUGAGAGUUGUAAACCUCAACCCUAUGAUGGAAUUCAGAAAUGAGAUCAUCCAAAAUCAGAUGCAGAAAGACCAAUUCGAUGUAUGUGUUACAACAUAUGAAGCUGUGAAUAUCUGUAAUUCUGAUCUCAGAAAAAUUAACUGGCACUACUAGAUAUACGAUGAGGCUCACAAACUCAAAAACAGUGAAGGUGUUGUCAGUAUAAAUUCUAGAAAACUCAGUUGCAGAAAUAGACUGCUUAUGACAGGAACGCCUCUUCAAAAUAACAUCCAAGAAUUAUGGAGUUUGCUGAAUUAUCUGAUGCCAGAAAUUUUCUCCUCUUCUGACGAUUUCUGUGAUUGGUUCAACCUAGACUCACAAAAAAAGACCGAGGCUAAGAUGGACUUGGAAUCAAUCUAGAAACUUCACAAAAUCAUGAGGCCAUUCUUGCUCAGAAGGACUAAGAAGGACUUAGAAACUCAAUUACCAGAUAAGAUUGAAAUGAAUGUCAAAAUACCAUUGACUUCAAUGCAACUUGAUCUCUAUGAAUAACUUCUAAAGACUACUACUAUAUUCAAUUCAAAGAACACCUCUACAAAAACAUACUACAAUCUCUUGAUGCAAUUAAGAAAAGUUUGCAAUCAUCCUUAUUUAUUUGAAAACGUUGAGCCUGAAGGUGCUGAAGAAUAUGGAGAGCAUAUUAUUGAGAAUUCUGGAAAGAUGAGAUUCUUAGAUAAAUUGCUUAAGAAAGUUUCACAAUAAAAAGACUAGGCACUUGUUUUUUCAUUAUUCACAAGUGUUUUGGAUAUUAUAGAAGACUUUUGUAUACUCAGAGGCUAUAAGUAUUGCAGACUUGAUGGCUCAACUGAUUUAGAUACAAGAGAAACAUUGAUAAAGGAAUUUGUUGAGCCUGGCUCUGAUGUUGUAGUAUUCCUACUUUCUACAAAGGCUGGAGGUCUUGGGUUGAAUCUAAUGACUGCUAAUCAUGUAGUGCUUUAUGACUCAGAUUGGAAUCCUUAAGUUGAUUUAUAGGCCAUGGAUAGAGCUCAUCGUAUUGGAUAAAAGAAAAAAGUUUAUGUUUAUAGAUUGAUCUGCUCAUCAACUUGUGAGGAGAAAAUCAUUGAGAGAUAGGCUAUCAAACUUAAGCUAGACUAAGUUAUCAUUUAAUAAGGUAAAGCGGCAGCUAUCUCUAACAACCUCAACAAAGAUGAAUAUGAAAAGAUACUUUUACAUGGAGCAGCUAUGAUCUUGCAACAGAAAUAGUAAGCUCAUUAGCAAGAAGAAAUCGAUAUAGAGCUACUCAUUUAAGACGGAGAAUAGAGAGCUUUAUAAAUGAAAGAAGAUGCUACAUAGUAAGCUGAGAAAAUGAAAAACUGUUUCGAUUUCAGUUAUAAUGAAAUCGACUAUUUCUCUUUCUAGAAUCAAGAUUAUAGAAAUGAGAAAGUUAAGUUUUAAUAACUCUAGAUGGAAGAACAACAAAAGAAAAUGCAAGCUAUGAUGGAAGAGAACAAAGAUGGGCCGACUCUUGGUAGAACAAGAAGAUUUGUUCAUAUGAGAGAUAUGACAAUGAUUGACACUACUAUAGAUUACACAGAGAAGCAAAAGAAAAAUAAAGAUAAAGACUUUACACAAAAAGUCAAAAAGUAAAGUAUUGGAAUGAUGUCAAAAGUGCAUGACUUUUAAUUCUAUGAUAAUAUCGAGGAGCUUAAAGAAUAUAUGGAAAUUAUCAAGAGCAAGGUUGAUAAUUAUGAAAAUGUCACAAAUGAAGAGCUUGAAGUCCUGAAAAACAUGUUAAACACAGGGUUUCAUAGUUGGACAUUGAGAGAAUAUCAAAAAUUCAUUAAAGCAAUCAGAAAGUAUAGCAUUAAAGAUGUUCAAGCUAUUGCGUAAAUGAUUGAAACGAAAACUGUUGAAGAAGUACAAGAAUACAUGAAUGUAUUUAUGCUCAGAUUUAGAGAGUUGAAAGAGAAGGACAUUGUUAUCUCCUAACUGCAAAAGAGUGACCUUGACCAAAAGAUAUUGGAAACUAUCAGAGACUUCGACAUUAAUAAGGACUAUGUACUGUUUAUGCAAGAAAACAAUUAUUUUAACAGAAAUACAUACCUUGCAAUGAUUGAGAAUGCACAUAAUAAAAUGAUGAUUCAAAACAAUAAGAUAAAACCUCAAGAUCUUUAGCUUAAGAUUGAUCACUUCUUCCACUCUUAGACUAAGCAAAUGGUUUAAGAACAGCUAAAGUAUAUAACUAUUGCAAUCAGAGCUGAAGACUGUUUAAGAGGCCAUAUGGCAUUUGGAAAUGAAAGAAAGAAGAUGAGAGAUCUUAUUGACAAAUCAAAAAAAUUUAGUUAAGGGUUCCAAGAAGGGAUUUCUGCCAAGGAGAAAGAUUUAAGAAAAAAAGAUGCACAGUAGGAGAUAAAACAAGAAAGUAGAUAGAUAAAGAGAGUAGGGGCAAUAGACGAUAAUCUUAAGUUUGGAAGAAGAAAGAGAACUGCAGCACUUUUCCAAACAGCAAGAGAUCCAUCCUCAUAAAAAAUGGAUACUAAUUGA